ACACCUGAAGGUCCACUUAGCUGGGAGUAUUCUCCCGCUGUUGAAGUUAAAGCUGACGAACAUAAAGUCAAAGAAGAAGAAGAAGAAAAGAACAAUCAAGACGAGACGAAAGCAGAAAAAUUAACAGAAACUCUUUUAGAAACACCCCUAGAGAUUCCUUCGGUUGAGACGUCUCUCCCAGCUGCCUUACCUGUUGCAAAUAAAGAAGAGGAAGGAGCAGAAACGAACAAAGAAAAAGAGAAAAAGAUAGAGGCCCCCAAACCACGUAAACAUGUGGCGUUCUCGUUACCAGAGAAAGAAGAAAAAACAGAAGAAGCCCUUGAUACAGCAGAAGAGGAAGACUUAGUGUUGCAAAAAGCAAGAAAAGCAGCAAAAAAGCAUUUUAAAACUGAAGAGCAACGAAACCUUUAUAUAACUAUGGUUAAUGCUGUUAGACUUCAAUAUCAAAUUCUUCAAGAACAACAAAACUCGCAAUCUAUUUCUAUUUCUCAGCCUCAACAGCAAACGGUGCGUUUAUAUCUCAAAAGAAUAACAAAGUUUUAA